AUGGACACUCACCAGGCCACACCCCUCCGAGAGGCCUCAGGUUCUGGAGCCAUUUCCACAGAGUCUGAGGGCAUGGAGGCAGCAUGUGCUUUCCGUGGGCUGGCCAGCCGCCACACCUCGGUGAGCCCACGCAACCAGAAAGCAUGCACCUCAGGCCCUGAUCGUGCGAGAGGUGGGGCAGGUCUCCGUGGUCAUAAGAGGGGCGUGGCACUCAACCAAGACCACCCAGCUGCCAAGGGGCUGUGCUGGGAGCAGGACACGGAGGGGCGAAUGUCUGCAGAGGGGACCCGUCAGCUCAACCCUCCCCAGGACCACACCCCGGAACUUGGCUGCCUGCUGCCCCUGCCCUGCACAAGGACGCCCUCUGGGGCCUCCUGCCCCCAGCAGUGGUCUGCAGCGUCUCCUGACCCUGGAGUUGCCCAGCGCUUCAGGCACCCUCUGCGCACUGCACCCAUGGAGUGUUCCCUGCAGGCCCGGCCCGCCCAGCCGAGCGCCAGCCACCGGGACAAGCUCUUUGCUCUCAGGGAGGAGGACGGCUGCAUCUUUGCCCGCAGGCUCUUGGGCCAGCCUGGCACCAGGCUCGUGCCCAUAACCCACAUCACCAAGGCCACUCCAGAGACGCCAUCCCACCAGCCGGCUGCGGCAGGCAUGGAGCAUGACGAGAACCCGCUGUCCUCACCGUCCACACUCACCCAGACACCCUGGGCCAGCUCCAGGGUUAGACAUGGCCCUCCAGCCUCCAGAACUGUUCAGGCACCCAACACAGUGCAGGGCCUCAAGCCUUUGAAUCAGAUGCUGGGACGCAGCCCUUGCCCGCCCGUCCUGGAUGUGGCUGGCUGGCGGGCACUGUGGUGGGGCUGCCCCCACCGAGACUGCCCCUGGCUGGGGGACCUCGGAGCAGAGGUGUCCGCUCAGCACCAGUGGGCAGGCCCACAGGGCGUGCUCAGGGGCCCCAACCUCGCCAAGGACAUCCGGGUGCUGCAGAGCCUGCACAUCACGUGUUCCCACCAGGGGAACCUGCUUUUCUCUGCCACGCAGCAGCCCACCAACCACUGGGGCCCCAAGGGUCGGGCCCUGAGCCUGCCCCGUCUGCUGAGCUUCGCGAGCCAGGUGGUCGAGGGCAGGAGCUACCUGGAGGAGCGGCGUGUGGUGCUCUGCGGCCUGACCACCAGGAAGGUGCUUGUGGGCGAGGACCUUGGCUGCACGGCCGGCUUCGGCCUGGUGUGGCUGCUCGAGGAGGGUUUGUACUCCCCCAGCAGCUCUGAGAUCUCCAUCAGGAGGACAGUGCCGGAGGUAGCCGUCCACCGAGUCUCCUCCCCGCAGUCGGACGUGUCCUUCGGCACCCUGCUGUACGAGGUCUUCACCGACAGCCAGUGCCCCUACGGAGGAAGGACCAACCAUGAGACGCUGCAGCAGAUCAGGCGGGGCUAACGGGCUGCCCUGCCCCGCGGCCCGCCCUGCCCCGCGGCCUGCCGUGAGGUCUACAUGCUCAUGCUGGAGUGCGGACGUGGCAGCCCCGAGGAGCGGCCCGCCUUCGCCAUUCUGCACCACAGGCUGGGCACCACGCACAGGUGCCCCCAUCACUCGCUCCCUUGACCCCGGCCCAGGCUGGGACCACUCUCCGCAUAGGGUGUCCCCAAGACAGCAU